AUGUUCGCCGCCGGCCAAGCGUACCUGCAGCAGCUCCAGUUCAUGAGCCACGUCGCCUUUGGGCAGGCUGACUUGGUGCCGCUUCUGCGUAAGCUGCUGCGAUGCAUGCGCUACGUGCGCGCCAGUGUCGAGAGCGAUCUGCGCCGGCCCAAUGGCUGCCCUGCGCGCACCAUGGCCGCCUGCGACGCCCUCGUGCGCGACGCCAUAGACGUUUUCGAAGCGCACACGCGGCAAACGUGCCCUAGCGCAGCCUUCUUUGACAGCGAGCGUGACAUGCGGAUGGCGCGCGACAUGGCUGCCGUCGACGGCGCGUGCGUUGACGCCGCCCAGGAGCCGUUGCUGCGCGACUGCAUUCGGGCGCUGCGCGCACUCGAAGCAACCCGCGAGUUUCAUCGCAGCCUCCUCGCUGCCCAAGAAGCCCUCGAGACGUACCCGAUCGCCACGUACGCGUACGGAUCGACGUCGUUUGCGACAUGGCGCGACCUCCUAGCGGUGCCCGUCGUCGCUGCGGCGCUCCGUCGCAUCCGCGCCGUGCCGCACCCCGAAGCCUGCACGGUCUUUGGUUCGUCGACGGGGAGUCUUGCGCUCUACACUGCACUACUCGCUGAUGUCCCCGUCCGCGGCGUCGAGAUCCUCCCGUUCCUCGUCGAGCAAGCGCAGGAGCUCGCAGUCGGCGUCCCUCGAGUGACGUUUGAAGCCUGCGAUAUGCUCACCGCGUCGCUGGGUCACACGCGUUUCUUGGUGCUGGCGUCGCAGUGUUGGGACGGAGCGCUCUGGGCCAAGCUCGAGCGCAAGCUCGUGGAGCUCACAUCGUGCAUCGUCCUCGACUACACCGACCGGCUCUCGCGCAGCAACGGCUUCAACCUCGUUGGCACCGCGGUGGGCGACGUCUCGUGGCACACGGGGCACACGUUCUAUAUCUACGAGCGUGCCAUCGCGUAG